AUGGAAAAACGACAGAAGUCUCUUCAAAAUCGCUUUCAUUUUAUAAAUAACGACUACACAUCUCAGGCCUUUUUUUUUCUUUCCUUCACAACAGCCACGAUCCUGGGUAACUAUACAAGGGUCGGGUUAUCGAAACUAUCGAACUAUGGGACAUCAUACGUAGCACCGGGCUCCAUUUUAUGGAGUAAUCUUGUCGCAUGCAUACUUAUGGGUAUGUUGCAAGUGCUGAAAAAGGGUGGCUGGUUCGAGCUGGAGCAGAUAUCGGAGAUGUUUGUAGUGCUGACAACGGGCUAUUGUGGUGCUUUAUCUUCCUACUCAAGUAUGAUACUUGAAAUGUUUCUACAUUCAGCAAAUUUGACCCCAAUAAAUGUCUCGAACGAUAUAAAGCUACCCAAUAGAGCAUACGGUAUAAUGGAGUUUCUAUCUGUUCUGCUUGUCCAACUAUUUGUAUCUGUGGGCUCUUAUAUUUUUGGUAGGAGCUUUGCUAAAACAUUCAUACUACCGUUGGGUUAUCGGAUGGAUAUGCCUGAGAUGAUGAGUGAACUGCAAAGAGAACCACCCGUUCCGCAACUUAAAAUUGCGUGGACUUACAAAACGGUACGAGCUGUGCAAUGGAUUUUUGCCCUUUUGGCAAUUCCACUCAUUGCAUUGAUAAUUGUAUUGACGUGUGUUUACAGUAACUACUCACGUUCGUCUUGGACGUUAGCACAACUUUUCGCCAUCCCAGCUGGUUUCUUAAGAUUUUUCUUGGCAAAGUUGUUCAAUUCAAAACUAAAGAGAUUCCCACUAGGAACCUUUAUAGCAAAUGUGUCUGCUGUAGCUACUUUGGCAGUCUUUACAAUGUGUUUACGGGGAAGAAGUCACUCAGGUAGCAGUACCCCAAUUGCAGGCACCGUAACGCAAUGCCAAGCGCUUUCUGCUCUGUCCUCAGGAUUUUCGGCAACCUUGAGUACUGUCAGCACAUUCAUCAACGAAGGCUACAAUCUACCGCUAUUCGAUGCGCUGGUAUACUAUGCUGUUUCAAUUUCCGCAUCUUACUGCGUGAUGGUGGUAAUGCUAGGUUCACUCGCAUGGACGAGAGGCCUUACGUCUGCCGCGUGCUAA